GUUCUUGUUUGCAUCCCAUUGGUUUCCGUUCUUUAUACCUGUUUCAUCUCUACUGGAAUAAGAAGGAAGAAUUAGUAGUUUCUUUUUGUUCAGCAUCACCAUUUCUAUUUUGAGCCUGUGCGUGUCUAGCUGCUUGUACUGUUCCUCCAUUCUAUUAAAUCAGAGUUGGAAAGGGAAGUCUGAAGUGGAGAUUUGUUGCUACUUCACUAAAUACAAGGAUGAGAUUGCAGUUGGCCUCAUUAGAUGUUCCCCUUGGAGAGUGCUAAAGCCCAUCAGAUUGAGUCUCUUGCAGAAGAGGGGACAUUGAUUUGCCCAUCAUGCUGCCACUUUGCAGAGGUGCCUUAUUGCCUGUGGUGGCACCCUUGUGUCUCUGGAGUUUAUUAACCUUUGCCCUGGUGAAUGGGUGCCCAAGCAAGUGUACAUGCUCUGGCCCUAAUGUGGAUUGUCAUGGGCUUGGAUUAAAGACUGUGCCAAAGGGUAUCCCAAGGAAUGCUGAGAGACUGGAUAUGGACAAAAAUAACAUUACGCGGAUUACAAAAACCGAUUUUGCGGGGCUGAAGAACCUUCGAGUGCUGCAUUUGGAGGACAAUCAAAUUAGUAUUAUAGAAAGAGGAGCUUUCCAAGAUUUAAAGCAACUUGAACGGAUGCGCCUGAACAAGAAUAAAUUGCAAGUUCUUCCGGAAUUGCUGUUCCAGAAUAACGCCAAAUUGACUAGACUGGAUCUGAGUGAAAACCAGAUACAAGGACUCCCUAGAAAAUCUUUUCGUGGAAUAACUGAUGUCAAAAAUCUGCAACUGGACAACAACCAGAUCAGCUGCAUUGAAGAUGGAGUCUUCCGAGCGCUUCGUGAAUUGGAGAUUCUCACCCUCAACAACAACAACAUCACGCGCAUACCGCUUACAAGUUUCAACCAUAUGCCCAAGAUCCGUACAUUACGUCUACACUCAAACUACUUGUACUGCGACUGCCACCUCACUUGGUUAUCCGACUGGCUGCGGCAGAGAAAGACCAUUGGCCAGUUUACUUUCUGCAUGUCACCAGUGCACCUGAGAGGCUUCAAUGUUGCCGAUGUACAGAAAAAGGACUUUGUUUGUCCAGGAACCCAAAGUGAGCCUCCAUCAUGCAAUGCCAACGCAGUCAGCUGCCCAUCUGCCUGUACCUGCAGCAACAAUGUGGUGGACUGUCGAGGGAAAGGCCUGACUGAAAUCCCUGCCAACUUACCAGAAGGCAUUAUUGAGAUACGCUUGGAACAGAAUUCAAUCAAGGCUAUUCCUGCUGGUGUUUUUACUCCAUACAAGAAACUCAAGAGAAUAGAUAUUAGCAAGAAUCAGAUAUCUGAAAUUGCAGCAGAUGCUUUCAGCGGACUGAAGUCUCUCACAUCGCUAGUGUUGUACGGAAAUAAGAUCACAGAGAUUCCAAAGGGACUCUUCGAUGGCCUUGUAUCUCUUCAGCUGCUACUUCUGAAUGCCAAUAAAAUAAAUUGCCUGAGGGUGAACACCUUUCAAGAUCUUCAGAAUCUUAAUCUGCUCUCCCUUUACGACAACAAGCUUCAAACUAUUAGCAAGGGUCUCUUUGCUCCUCUUCAGUCAAUCCAGACUCUACAUUUAGCCCAGAACCCAUUUGUGUGCGACUGCCAUUUGAAGUGGCUCGCUGAUUACCUGCAAGAUAAUCCGAUAGAAACCAGCGGCGCCCGAUGCACCAGCCCACGCCGACUGGCCAACAAAAGAAUCAGCCAGAUUAAGAGCAAGAAGUUCCGCUGUACAGGCUCUGAAGAUUACAGAAGCAAGUUCAGUGGGGAUUGCUUUAUGGAUCUUGUCUGCCCAGAAAAGUGUCGCUGUGAAGGAACCAUCGUUGACUGCUCAAAUCAAAAGAUUUCCCGAAUACCCAGUUAUUUACCAGAAUACACCUCAGACCUACGCCUGAAUGACAAUGAAAUCACUGUUCUAGAAGCUACAGGAAUAUUCAAGAAGUUACCAAAUCUGCGGAAGAUAAAUCUAAGUAAUAACAAGAUCAAAGAUAUCCGUGAGGGUGCUUUUGACGGAGCUGCCGGGGUGCAAGAGCUGAUGCUGACAGGGAAUCAGCUGGAAUCCGUUCAUGGACGAAUGUUUAGGGGCCUGGUAGGCCUCAAGACGCUAAUGCUGAGGAGUAACCUGAUGAGCUGUAUUAAUAAUGAUACAUUUACUGGCCUGAGCUCUGUGCGGCUGCUCUCUCUCUAUGACAACCGCAUUACAACCAUUACUCCGGGAGCCUUUAACACAUUGGUGUCUUUGUCGACCAUCAAUCUGCUGUCAAAUCCAUUUAAUUGCAACUGCCAUCUUGCAUGGCUAGGAAAAUGGCUACGAAAGAAGAGGGUCGUAAGCGGAAACCCACGUUGUCAAAAACCUUAUUUCUUAAAGGAAAUUCCAAUCCAGGACGUGGCCAUUCAGGAUUUUACUUGUGAUGGCAAUGAGGAAAGUAGCUGUCUUCCAGCGUCGCACUGCCCAGAACAGUGCACUUGUGUGGAAUCUGUGGUUCGCUGUGGAAACCAGGGAUUAAGAACUCUCCCUAAAAACAUUCCAAAGGAUGUAACUGAGCUAUAUUUGGAAGGGAAUCAUCUAACAUCUGUGCCAAAAGAGAUCUCCAGUUUCAAGCAUCUAACUUUAAUUGACUUGAGCAAUAACAGCAUCAGCGUGCUUUCUAAUUACACCUUCAGUAACGUGACUCAGCUAUCCACAUUGAUCUUGAGCUACAAUCGGCUGAGGUGUAUCCCAGUACAUGCAUUUAAUGGCCUGAAGUCUCUCCGAGUGCUAACUCUUCAUGGCAACGAUAUUUCAACAGUUCCUGAUGGUUCCUUCAGUGACCUCACUUCACUGUCACAUCUGGCUCUUGGUACAAACCCCUUAUAUUGUGACUGCAAUUUGCGUUGGUUGUCCGAGUGGGUGAAGGCAGGAUACAAAGAGCCAGGCAUAGCCCGAUGCAGUGGGCCCGAAGAUAUGGCUGAUAGACUAUUACUGACAACCCCAACCCAGAAAUUCCAGUGCAAAGGUCCGGUAGACAUGAAUAUUGCAUCAAAGUGUAAUCCGUGUUUCUCUAAUCCAUGCAAGAACAAUGGGACAUGUAACAGCGACCCAGUAGAACUGUACCGGUGUACUUGCCCCUUUGGCUUCAAGGGCCGAGACUGUGACAUCCCAAUCAAUGCCUGCAUUCAAGCUCCCUGCGAAAAUGGAGGUACAUGCCACACAAAUGAGGCAAAUAAAGAUGGGUUCAGUUGCUCUUGUCCUUUGGGUUUUGAAGGCGAGAAAUGCGAAAUAAAUCCAGAUGACUGUGAGGACAAUGACUGUGAGAAUUUCGCUACAUGUGUGGAUGGAAUUAACAACUACAUCUGUCUCUGUCCACCUAACUAUACAGGUGAACUGUGUGAUGAAGUCAUUGAUCAUUGUGUUCCUGAGCUGAAUCCAUGCCUGCAUGAUUCCAAAUGUAUUUCCACAGACAAGGGAUACAUGUGUGAAUGCUCACCUGGGUUUGUUGGUCAGAACUGUGAAACAAAUGAAGAUGACUGUGCCAACCAUAAAUGCAGACAUGGGGCACAGUGCAUAGAUGAUAUUGGAGGUUAUACAUGUGUCUGUCCACCAGGGUUCAGUGGUCUCUUCUGUGAAAUUUCCCCACCCAUGGUUCUUCUCCAGACAAGUCCUUGUGAUAACUAUGAGUGCCAGAAUAAAGCCCAGUGUAUAGUUGUGCAACAAGAACCUGUCUGCCGCUGCUUAGCAGGUUUUGCGGGUCAAAGAUGUGAAAAGUUGAUCACGGUGAACUUUGUCGGCAAGGAUUCGUAUGUUGAACUGAGUGGCUCCAGUGUUCGUCCGCAAGCCAAUAUAUCCCUGCAGGUUGCCACUGAUAAAGACAAUGGAAUCCUUUUAUAUAAAGGGGACAAUGAUCCACUUGCAUUAGAAUUGUAUCAAGGGCAUGUACGAUUAAUCUAUGACACGUUGAACUCACCUCCAACUACAGUCUAUAGCGUGGAAACAAUCAACGAUGGGCUGUUUCACACUGUUGAGCUGGUGAUGCUGAACCAGUCGCUGAGCUUGGUGGUAGAUAAAGGAUUACCCAAAAGCCUUGGGAAACUUCAAAAACAGCCAUCACUUAACCUAAACACCCCUUUGUAUCUUGGAGGAAUUCCACCAGCCUCAGGCGUGCCUUCCAUGCGGCAGAGGACUGACCAUAUUCCUAUUGGUUUUAAUGGAUGCAUACAUGAUGUCCGAAUUAACAAUGAGUUGCAAGACUUUAGGGAUCUGCCUCCAGUUUCAAUAGGUGUCUUUCCUGGAUGCAAAUCCUGCAACAUAUGCAAACAUGGCUCCUGUCGUUCAAUGGAGAAAACAAGUGUUAUCUGCGAAUGCUUUCCUGGAUGGAUUGGCUCUAUGUGUGACCAAGAGAUAGAUAAUACCUGCAUAAACCACAAGUGCAUACACGGUGAGUGCGUUGCAGCCAAUAACGCUUACAUGUGCAAAUGUGCUGAAGGCUACACAGGACAGUACUGUGACAAGAAGAAUGAUUCCCUCAGCUCUUGUAGAAACUUCAAGUGUAACCAUGGGCAGUGCAAAUUGUCAGAGAGGGGUGAUCCAUACUGUGAAUGUGACCCUAACUUUACAGGGGAGCACUGCGAUAAAGAGAAUGUCUGCCAAGGAGAGGUCAUCCGAGAGAUUGUUCGCAAGCAACACGCUUACACAUCAUGUACCAGCACAGUCAGAGUGCCCAGAACAGAGUGCUCCGGCAACUGCUCGAGCGGGGCAUGCUGCGUCCCAGUAAAAAGCAGAAAGCGAAAAUAUACAUUUCAGUGCAUGGACGGCACCUCUUUUGUAGAAGAACUGGAGAGAUAUAUUGAAUGUGGCUGCUCACAAUGCUAAUAAGACAAUCUACCGGAAAAAAAAACGCAAGCGGGGAAGCAUCGCUGCAACAAAUACGAACUGUGUCCUAUCAGAGAUGAGCUCAAGAAGAAGAGAUUAUUAACUAUAUUGUAAAAUAAACAAAAAUAGAACUUAUUUUUAUUAUUGAAAAUGACUAUUUUCCUCCUUUAUUAUAUAAAAUAUCAGGCCACUUUGGUAUAUGUAUAAUAUAGUGAGCUAUUUUUACUGUUCGUUUUGUUUUGUUUUUAAAUACUACCAAAAGUAAUAAUUCAUAGAUUAACAAACAGAUUGUGGGUUUGUUUAUAUCGUUGCUUUUUUUUGGGGGGGGAAGGCGCCUCAGUCUGCAAAUGCAGUAAUCCUAUAAAAUGAAUUUCCCUCAAUCCCUUUCUUAAGGAGUAUUUUCCUAACUGUGAAUCAUGUAUGUUACAAACACAGAGAUUUGUACCCCCCACUCCUAAUAUGACACAUGUUGUGAACAUACAAAUAGCAAUUAUUUAUGCUGGUGUGCUUAGUGUGUACUGUCAUGUGACUAUUCUAAUAAAUGAUGAGGCAGAGAUAUACGUAAAACUUACCAAUACAAUAUGGAGGCACAUAUCUUAAUUUGGCCAACGCAAAUGAAUAUAUAGCAGACCAAUGUCAGAAAGCGCCCACGCAGACAAAAAGGCAAUGUUUUUAUUCUAUGAAAAAAAUGUUGUUGAUGGCUAAUUGCUGAGAAGUGACAAUCAAUAUAAUUGUUCUGUUUUUACAAGAAAUGCAAUGUUUUUGCACAUCGUAUUCACGGUUUUAAAAAGAUACAUAUUUGGUAAGACUGAAAAUAAUAUUUUUCAUUAAAGGGAAACUAUACCUUUA